AAUAAGCCUGACGCCGCACCGAAGGCGUUGCAUCGUUCAUCAGCGGCACCGUUAUCGCAGUGCAGCAGAAAUGCUCAUUCCCAUGAUAUUGGGGGCUAUCAACGCGCCCCUGAAGCUUGCAUACAAGACGGGGAGGCUCACGGCCAAUGUGCGGCAAGCUCGGCUGCCCCUGAACAAGCUGGAUUGCAUUGCUGCGUUUGUGCUGGACCUCAAAGGAAAGGGCAAGCUCGGCCUCAUCUGGCUGGUGUCAAAGCUCAUUCAUGGCAAGAUUACUAACGCGCAGCGCGCCGGGAGGAUGGCGUCAUGGAUCGACAGCCACCGUGCCGGGCCCACCAACACUAGUCUAGAGUCAGACUUGGAUAAAUGGAUUGCCGCGACAAAGCCGGCGCUUGCACCUGCCAAGCCCGCGGCUGCGAGCGCGGCAGCCAAGCCUGCGGCUGCGGAUGCCAAGCCCGCGGCCACGAAAGUGACCGCAAGUGCGGCGGGAGCCGGCAGUGCCAAGGUGCCUGCGCCUAUCAAUGCGCAGCCGUCCGGACCGCCACGUGACCCGCUCAGCCGUGCCGGGUUCGUGUUCCUGCGCGACUGCCUGUCUCGGCUGCAGGCGGGCGAGGAGGAGGUGCGCCAGCGCUUCACGCCCGAGGCGGCGGCGGGCGGCGCCGCGGGCGGGCCGCUGAAUGUGCAUGAGGCGCUGGCGGCGCUGUACGGCACGGCCACGGUGUACCGGCUGUCGGACGCUCUGGCGGCCAGCGCCCGGCGGGGCAGUGGCAGCACGCCGGAGGACGCCGAGCGCAUUCAGCGCCUGCUUGACGAGGUGUAUGUGGAGCUGCGUGUGGCGCUUCGCCGUGACCUGAUGGACAUGCUGGUGUACUAAGAUGCCGGUGUACAGUGACCGCCACGGGUGCGAGCAGCGGACUCCCAGAUUCCAUUACCGGUAAUGUGAACGGUAAUGACGAGUGUGGUGGGAACGAAUGCGUACGGUACGGUGGGUGAGCAAUACGUGAAGAGGCGACUGCUGCACUGGUUAUUGUGCACAGAGGGUGCUGUCGGGCGCGUUUGCAAGGGUCAAUUGGUUAUGGCAUACGGCGGUCCGUGUCCUGUUUCACUGCAUGCCCUGCGUGCCAGAGGAGAGGUGCGUGCAACGUUAGGCACGUGAGACUGAGUGAGUGCGAAUGUGCACGCGGGGGCUGGCGUUGAGGCUUGUUAAAGCCAGUAGGACCGCUAACACGCAAACGAUGGGUGCUGUAAGUGGCGGAAAGGGGCUUAGGCUGAGUAUUUGCGGUGCAGAGGAAUGCGGGGACAGCGUGUGCGGCCUCAGCUGGGGGUGAGCGUGUGCGGCCGAGGGUGAGCGACGAAGGGUCGAGGCAGCAGGUCGAUAAGGCGGCGAAUACAGGUGAAGGGGCGCGAAUCUGUGUGCUGUUGUUGUGGGCCUAAUUGCUGGUGCAAAGAAUGCAUGCUUACGAAACCGCCAUUUCGCAAACUUUUCGGCAGGAUGUGACAAGGAUGACCACGUUGGCAGCGAAAAGCGGACGUAGAGUCUUUGCGGCGCAAUGUUACGAAACGCCAGCAACACCUCGACAGGUCAACACGAU